CCGCCCCUGGCAGACGGCCUGAGCGCGCGCGAGGAGCCUCCUCUACCGCCGCCGCUCGGGGUCGCCUCGAGCCCCAGAUUCCCAAGUGCUCUGCUUGCAUGGCAGCCGCCUCGGUGCUUGGCCCCGCGGCCCGCUAGGGGCGACCCCGAGCCCCUUUCGCCCCUCGUGGCGAGAGUCGGAUCUGGUCCGGUUCUGCGCCCUGGGCGCGCCGCCUUCCAGCCCGAGGUGUCCUCAAGUCCGGCCAUCCAUCGGUCCGUCCCUCCUGGGGGUCGGCGCUGACCAUGCCCAGCGGCUGCCGCUGCCUACAUCUCGUGUGCCUGUUGUGCAUCCUGGGGGCACCCGGUCAGCCUGCCCGAGCCGAUGACUGCAGCUCCCGCUGUGAUCUGGCUCACGGCUGCUGUGCGCCUGACGGCUCCUGCAGGUGUGACCCAGGCUGGGAGGGGCUGCACUGCGAACUCUGUGUGAAGAUGCCUGGCUGCCAGCAUGGUACCUGCCACCAGCCCUGGCAGUGCAUCUGCCACAGUGGCUGGGCGGGCAAGUUCUGUGACAAAGAUGAGCAUGUCUGUACCACGCAGUCCCCCUGCCGGAAUGGAGGCCAGUGCGUGUAUGAUGGGGGCGGUGAGUACCACUGCGUGUGCCCACCAGGCUUCCACGGGCGUGACUGUGAGCGCAAGGCUGGGCCCUGUGAGCGGGCAGGCUCCCCAUGCCGGAAUGGCGGGCAGUGCCAAGACAACCAGGGCUUUGCCCUGAACUUCACGUGCCGCUGCCUGGCAGGAUUUGUGGGUACUCGCUGUGAGGUGAAUGUUGAUGACUGCUUGAUGCGGCCUUGUGCAAACGGCGCCACCUGCAUGGACGGGAUAAACCGUUUCUCCUGCCUCUGCCCUGAGGGCUUUGCUGGACGCUUCUGCACCAUCAACCUGGAUGACUGUGCCAGCCAUCCAUGCCAGAGAGGGGCCCGCUGUCGGGACCGUGUCCAUGACUUCGACUGUCUCUGCCCCAGUGGCUUUGGCGGCAAGACUUGUGAGCUUGUCUUACCAGGCCCAGACCCUCCGACCAUGGUGGACAUUCCCCUGGGGCCCACCCCGGCUGUGGUGGUACCCGCCACGGGGCCAGCCUCUCAUAGCGCUGGGGCUGGUCUGCUGCGGAUCUCCGUGAAGGAGGUGGUACGGAGGCAGGAGGUGGGGCUAGCGGAGUCUAGCCUGGUGGCUGUGGUGGUGUUUGGGGCUCUUACUGCUGCUUUAGUCCUGGCUACUGGGUUGCUGACCCUGAGGGCCUGGCGCCGGGGCAUCCAUCCCCCUGGACCCUGUUGCUACCCGACUCCACACUAUGCCCCGGCACACCAGGACCAGGAGUGUCAGGUCAGCAUGCUGCCAGCUGGGCUCCCCUUCAUGCCUGACCUGCCCUGUGAGCCUGGAAAGACCACAGCGCUGUGAUGGAGGUGGGGGGCUUUCUGGCCCUCCUCCAUGCCUCAGACUGUAGUGGUCUUUUCUUGUCACCCCUUACCAGGGGUAUACACACUGAGGGACCUCAACCUCACACGAGAAAUGCUAUUUUUUUUAAUACACAGAAUGUAAGAUAGGAAUUUUAUCAAAUAAAACUAUGAAAAU